UGUCGCGCGGCGGGGCGCGUGCGACAACGGCCUCGAGCAGCUUCUUGCGUAUCGUUCAUCCAGCUCAUUCGCCCCCCAAACAAUUCCUGGCCGCAACGAGAAAAAACGAUGAGUGGAUAUUUGGAUGUGCGUUCGUCCAGAAACGUUGGAAUUCCAGGAGUGAAUGCCGCGGUUAGGUAUCUACGGCCAGCGACCUGUGCCCUGGGAUGGCAUCCGUGGCAACGCGGGCAGUCACCUGAACAAGUACAUCGAUAAAUUUUGGGAACAAUUUUGAUAACCUAUUUCACCAUGAAGAAAGCCUUGGUUGACAUUUAUUGCCAUCAUUCAUCUUUAAUUAUCAUUUUAAUUGUGAUACUAAAUAUCAUUCAUCAUGAUCAGUGUUAUUUAAUUGUUGUGACUGAAAGUGAACCUCCUAAACAUGUUGUGUUCAAUGGCACUCUUCCAAUGUUAGGCGUACAACGACAUUACAAAAUUAAUAAUCAUCGCAGUGCAAAUUUUGUACACCGAAUUCUUCAUGUUGAUCCAAAUGAUGGACGUUUAAUUCUAAAAAGACAAUUGGACUGUGAUGGUAUUUAUUACAGAAAUUUAUUUAGUGUGUUUAUCGAUUCAUUUUCAAAUACGAGUAAAGGGGUUGAUUACUACUCAAUGCCCCUAAGGAUAUUUGUGAGAGGAGAAAGAUGUGAUCAAGAAAGUGUGGAAGAGGAGGGUCUGCCAAUUAUGAAUAAGAUGCAGGUUCGAGUGUCUGAAGCUAAAAGGUGGAUUAGUGAAACAUUUGCUUCAUAUGCAAUUCCAGGAACAGAAGGUUGGCGAGAAUUGUGUUUGAAGAAAAGUCAAUUCAUAAAUAGCAUUUCUACCUUUUUACCAAUAACAAUCUUGGAAGAAUGUUUUGUGAAAUAUCUAGAUGUAUCUGAUCCAAGAUUCAGAAUUGAAACCCAAGCCGGUGACUUAGUGUCAGCAUAUGAUCAGUGUAUAACUGAACCUUUGUGGAAAGUUACCAUUCUUUUGGAUAUCCAUUGUAAGAAUGAUCAGGAUCUUCAUGAGACAGGUGGUUUAGUUACUGGUGUCCAACAUCGGUUGAAAGUAGUGUAUCAUCAUCAAGAUCUAAAUGAAACAGAUAUUGCUCAUCGUGUACGGAGAGAACUGAGAAAUCAGUCACCAUAUUUUGAGAAGGCACUGUACAUUGAAUCUGUUGUGGAAGAAAGACCUUCUGGUAUUAGAGUUGCUACAGUAAAAGCAAGAGAUCCAGAGAAUUCACCUGUCACCUACUCUAUGGUUUCACUACUUGAUUCACGUUCUCAGGGCAUGUUCGCUGUUGAUCCAAUGUCAGGAGUUGUGACAACGCUUACAAGCUUGGACAGAGAACUGGUGGAUGUGCACUACUUUCGUGUUACAGCUUCUGAUGAUUCUUUUCCACCUCGAAGUGGUACAACAACUCUGCAAAUUAAUGUUCUUGAUGCAAAUGACCAUGCUCCUGUAUUUGAAUCAAAUGAAUAUGAAGCCUCUAUUCGUGAAUCCGUGUCAGUAGGUUCAACAGUAGUUACUUUACGAGCUACCGAUCAAGAUAUAGGUCAUAAUGCAGAUGUUGAAUAUUCAAUUUUAAGUCAAGAGACUGGUGGCACUGGUACAAUUGCUGGAAGCAAACAGGAGGCUUUUAGAAUUGACCCUAAAUCUGGUAUUAUUACCACCCGGUCUAUGCUUGAUCGAGAAACCUCUGAAAUGUAUACAUUGAUAGUAAUGGCAACGGAUCAGGGCCUUCCGAUUAGUGAACGAAAAUCUUCUUCUGCAACAGUAAUAGUUCGCAUUUUAGAUGACAAUGAUAAUCAACCACAGUUUACUGAAAGAACGUACUCAGUUCAGGUUCCUGAAAAUGUUAAUUGGAGUCAAAAUCCUGUAAUUGCAACAAUAAAAGCUGUUGAUGCUGAUCAAGGCAAUAAUGCUGCAGUUCGAUAUGCUAUAAUUGGAGGUAACACCCAAAGUCAAUUCAGCAUAGACAGUCUCAGUGGGGAAGUAUCACUGAUGAAGGCUCUGGAUUAUGAAACAUUGAGAAAUUACAGGCUGGUAAUAAGAGCUCAAGAUGGUGGUAGCCCAAGUCGGUCAAAUAUUACCCAAUUGCUGGUAAAUGUGAAGGAUGUCAAUGACAACGAACCUCGCUUUUACACUACAAUGUUUCAGGAAUCUGUCUCUGAAAGUGUUCCUGUUGGUUAUAGCAUUGUGCGGGUGCAAGCAUAUGAUGCUGAUGAAGGAGAAAACGCAGCCAUUAAGUACAGUAUUGGUCCUCGAGAUGAAGGUGGAGGAUCUACCAGUGAUUUCCCUUUGGGCGUCGAAGAACUAAGCGGUUGGAUAUAUACCACUCGGGAGUUGGAUAGAGAAGAGCAAUCCAGAUAUCAGUUUCAGGUCAUAGCUCAAGAUGGUGGAACACCUUCAAAAAGUGCUACUGCUAGCGUUGUGAUAACAGUGCAGGAUGUUAAUGAUAAUGAUCCUGUCUUUGAACCAAAGCUGUACGAGGCAGUUGUGUCUGAAGACGACCCACCAGGCACACCAGUAGCUAGUGUAACUGCUACCGAUCGGGACGAAAAUCCAAGGCUGCAUUAUGAACUAUCAGGCGGGAACACUCGUGGCAGAUUCGCCAUUACAUCACAAAAUGGACGUGGACUUAUUACAAUUGCUCAACCGUUAGAUUUUAAGCAAGAAAAACGUUUUAUAUUGACCGUCACAGCUAGUGAUUCUGGAGGGCGACAAGAUACUGCAACUGUAUAUGUCAAUGUAUCUGAUGCAAAUAACUUUGCUCCUGUGUUUGAGAAUGCCCCGUACUCUGCUAGUGUUUUUGAAGAUGCUCCUAUUGGAACCACUGUUUUGAUCAUUAGUGCCACUGAUGGUGAUGUUGGACAGAAUGCUUUAAUAACAUAUAGUUUGGGAACUGUGGAUGACAAAACAUCGACUCCAGAAUUUUCUAUUAAUCCACAAACAGGUGCCAUUCUUACCACAAAAUUAUUAGAUCGAGAAUCAGUGAGCGGUUAUCUUCUUACUGUUACUGCUAGAGAUGGUGGUGUACCAUCCUUAUCUGAUACCACUGAUGUAGAAAUCACAGUAACAGAUGUUAAUGACAAUGCUCCUGUAUUUAAAAAGACUUCCUACAUUGGUUCUGUGCCAGAAGAUGCUUUGGUUGGGACAAGUGUUGUUCAGGUAUCUGCCACCGAUGCUGAUAUGGGCUUAAAUGGUCGAAUAAGAUAUGCUUUGAAUGCUGAAGGCACUGCAGAUGGCUCAUUUGUUAUUGAUCCAACAUCUGGUGUAAUUAGAACAGCAAAAUCUCUGGAUCGUGAAAGUAUAGCACAAUAUGAUCUGAUAGUAUAUGCAAUUGAUCGUGGUACCCCAUCGAUGUCUGGCGCUGUGAAUGUUACAAUUCGUAUAGAAGAUGUGAACGAUUCUCCUCCAGCUUUUGAAUCAGAUAAAAUUGUCCUGUACAUUGCAGAAAAUUCACCAAUUGGUUCCACUGUAGGAGAAAUAAUUGCAAGGGACCCUGAUGAAGGUCCAAAUGCUGCAGUUCAGUAUUCAAUAAUAGGUGGAGAUGAUUCCAAUAGUUUCUCUCUAGUUACAAGACCAGGAAGUAACAAGGCUGAAAUUUUAACUAUGGUAGACUUGGAUUAUGAAUCAUCCCAUAAACGCUUUGAUUUAGUAGUUCGAGCGGCAUCUCCUCCUCUGAGAGCUGAUGCUCAUGUUGAGAUUCUAGUAACAGAUGUCAAUGAUAAUGCCCCUGUACUGAAAGAUUUUCAGGUCAUUUUCAAUAAUUUUCGAGACUGCUUUCCAACAAGUCCAGUGGGUAGAAUUCCUGCAUUUGAUGCUGAUGUGACUGACAAAUUGCGUUAUCGAAUUAUUUCUGGCAAUAAUGCAAAUCUUGUACAUUUAAAUCAGAGUUCUGGUGACCUCACUUUGUCUCCUCAGCUUAAUACAAAUGUACCAAAGGUUGCAUCAAUGGAGGUAUCUGUAACAGAUGGCGUAAAUGAAGUGAAGGCCUUAAUGCAAUUAACUGUGCGUCUUGUGACUGAAGAAAUGCUCUUUAAUUCUAUUACUGUGAGAUUGAAUGACAUGACUGAAGAAGCUUUUUUGUCACCACUAUUAACAUUUUUUGUAGAAGGCCUAGCUGCUAUUAUUCCAUGUCCCAAAGAGAAUAUUUUUGUAUUCAGCAUUCAGGAUGAUACUGAUGUGAAUGCAAAAAUACUGAAUGUGAGUUUCUCAGCUCGCCGUCCUGACUUAAAUGGCAAUGAAUUUUAUGCUCCUCAAUUUCUUCAAGAACGUGUUUACUUAAAUCGUGCUAUUUUGGCUCGCUUAUCAACUGUUCAAGUAUUACCUUUUGAUGAUAACUUGUGUGUUCGUGAACCAUGCUUGAAUUAUGAACAGUGCCUAACUGUUUUAAAGUUUGGAAAUGCUUCUGGCUUUAUCAGCAGUGAUACAGUGCUAUUUCGUCCUAUUUACCCUGUUACUACAUUUGCUUGCCGUUGUCCUAAAGGUUUCACUGGAAGUCGAGAACAUUACCUCUGUGAUACCGAAGUUGAUCUUUGUUAUUCAAAUCCUUGCAGUAAUCGUGGAGAUUGUAAGCGAAAGGAAGGUGGUUAUACAUGUGUUUGCAAGCCAGGUUUUACAGGAAAGAAUUGUGAGAUUGAUUUAGAACUUGACACAUGCCAGCCGGACAUCUGCCGCUCACGCUCUGUAUGCGCUCCACUAGUCAAAGGAGGCUUUGUAUGUGAGAAUUGUGCACCUGCUCAAGCCUCUGAUCACUACACUCGACUUUGUGAACUGAGAGGGAGGAGUUUUGUGCGGACUUCAUUUCUUACCUUCCCUGCUCUGAGACAGCGGCAUCGCCUUCAUAUUAGCCUCAGGUUUGCAACUCAAGCAGAAUCAGGACUCUUAUUGUACAAUGGUCGCUAUAAUGAAAAGCAUGAUUUUAUUGCUCUGGAAAUUGUAAAAGGAGCUGUGCACUUUACAUUUUCAUUGGGCACAAAUGUUACUACUACAUCAGUAACUGUUCCUGGAGGAGUCAGCGAUGGACAGUGGCAUUCAGUUUCAGUUCAAUAUUUCAAUAAGAGUGCUACUGUCAGUUUGGAUGACUGUGACAAGGCUCUAGCUUUGAGUUAUGGUACGCAGUUAGGACAGCGUUGGGCCUGUGCUAAUAGCACUCACCAAGUUCUUCACCCGAGAUGUGCUAUUUUCACUGAGACAUGCCAUCGAUUCCUUGAUUUAACUGGCCCAUUACAAGUUGGUGGUUUGCCUGCUUUACCAACUAGCUUCCAGGUUCAUAGCAAGGAUUUUGUGGGAUGUAUUAGUGAUUUACAUAUUGAUAAUAAAUUCAUUGAUCUAAACAGUUUUGUAGCAGACAAUGGAACUGUAGCUGGUUGCCCAGAAAAGAGGGCCUUCUGUCAGUCAUCCCCUUGUCAUCAUGCAGGGCACUGUUUAGAUGGCUGGGGCACAUACCUGUGUGAGUGUGCAGAAGGUUGGAGUGGCAAAGAUUGCAGUCGGGCUAUAAAACCACCUUGGCGAUUUCAAGGAGAUGGUGUACUGUCUUUCAAUCCAUUAUUGCGCCCUAUACAGUUACCUUGGUUAAAUGCACUCUCUGUUCGUACAUUACAAAAGGAUGCCUUUUUAAUGAGUAUUCAAAUUGGACAAAAUAGUUCAGCUGUUCUUAAUCUUGUCAGUGGUCAAGUGCAAUACAGUUACAAUGGAGAGACAUUUGUUCUGAGCAGUGGCCUUGUGAAUGAUGGACAUUGGCAUCAUAUUGAAGUAAAAUGGAUGAGUGGCGAGCUAUGGAUAAAUCUUGAUUAUGGACAGCGUGAAAUGACUGCACCAGCAACAUCAAAGCUACAAGGACUUUAUGUUGGGAAGAUUCUAAUUGGUGGGCCUGACACAGCUUUAGGGAGUUUGAAUGUGGACUAUGGUUAUUUUGAAGGCUGUAUUCAGGAUGUGCGGGUUGGAACUCCCCAAUCUACCUUGCAGAGACCCACAGUUCGGGAGAAUGUUGGGGAAGGUUGCUUAGGAAUAGAUCACUGUGCUCAAAGAGAUAAAUGUCCUCCUCAUAGCACAUGUGUCGCUGAGUGGGAAGAAUUUCAAUGUCAGUGCAAUACUGGUUAUGUCGGUCCAUCUUGUGUGGGUGUAUGUGAAAUGAACCCAUGUGCUAAUAGUGCAAGGUGCAUCAAGGACAGUUUGACUUCCCGAGGAUAUUCUUGUCAAUGUAAUUCUAGUGAAUAUUCAGGUGAAUAUUGUGAAGUGAAAGUCGACCAACCAUGUCCUGCCAGUUGGUGGGGAUAUCCUGUUUGUGGGCCUUGUCAUUGUGACACAUCAAAAGGAUACAAUGCUGAUUGUAAUAAAACUACGGGAGAAUGUUACUGCAAGGAAAAUCAUUAUCAGCCUCCUGAUUCUGAUCAAUGCUUUGAUUGUGAUUGUUAUGCCACUGGUUCAUAUGGUAAUCAGUGUGACUUAUCUACUGGUCAGUGCAAAUGUCGAAAUGGAGUAAUUGGGAGACGCUGUGAUUCUUGUCCAAAUCCCUAUGGUGAAGUAACUCUGAGAGGCUGUGAAGUGGUUUACGAUGGCUGUCCUAGAAGUUUUUCUAAUAACUUAUGGUGGGAACGUACAUUAUUCGGACAUGUUGCUUUGUCGUCUUGCCCAGCACGCUCUCAGGGUAAAGCUUCCAGAGCAUGUGAUGAAGAUACUGGAUGGCAAGAACCUGAUUUAUUCAAUUGUACCUCUGACCUCUUUCUGGAUUUGCGAAAAGUGCUUAGUCAAAUGGAAGGAGGUGAUUUAAGUGUAACAACGUUUGUAGCUGUGAAAGUUGCCACAGAUUUACAUCGAGCAACUAAUGAGACUCGCACACUUCACGGGGCUGAUGUACUAGUGUCUCAAGAACUUUUAAGACAGUUGAUGAGCCAUGAAGCAGAGGAACAUGGACUCAACCUCACUCAUAGUCAGGAUAAAGAUUUUAUUCAGAACAUCGUUAGUACAGCAAGUUCUGUCCUUGAUGCCCAGUACAGUGAACAUUGGGAUCGUGUUGAAGAGCUUACAGGAAAGAGUGCAGAAGACUUGGUGGAAGCAGUAGACCAGUAUUUGGGGAAGCUUGUGCAGAGCCAGCAAGACACAUACACUAGUCCUUUCGAAGUUGUGGCAAAUAACAUGGCUUUGGGUCUUGAUAUUGUAACUCCAGAGAGCUUGUUUGGUUACGAAACUCUAAAUCGGGAAUUACCUGCCGGCAUGUCAUCUGUUCCUGGUGAACGUGUGAUACUUCCUGACACAUCACAAUACCUUCAACCUGGUAUUCAGGUUCCUCUUCAGAUGUCAACCACUAGUGCUUUGAACUCAGGCCUCAAUGGAGGAAACCUAGUAAAAACCAGUCCAACGUUGGUGUUUCCAAAAUAUAAUAAUUAUAUGCUGGAUCGUGAUAAAUUUGACCUGCAUUCCAAAGUUUAUGUUCCUUUGAAUUUACUUGGAAUUAGGCUCUUAGAACAAGGAGAAUUGACUACCAAGCACACAUUUGCUGGUGCAAAUCGAGCUGUAUUAGGAUAUGCACAGUAUCGAGAUGCAGGGUCUCUUUUCCCAGCUCGCUAUGAUGAAACUGUCCAACGUCGCUGGGGUAUAGAAUUGCAUGUUGGCUCUCCUGUAAUAUCACUAGCAAUUUAUGUUCCUAAGCAGAGUGACCCCUUAAAUGCUGCGGCUCCACAAACAUAUGAACUGUUGGCUGACGAAGGUACCUUACCUGUACCCAUUCUCCUGAGGCUCUGGUUGGACACAAGCAUCCAGGCUUUGUCUCCUCGUUCGAACCCUCAGUGUGUAUAUUGGAGUCAUGCUCGUGGGAUUGGAGAAUGGUCUCGAUCUGGCUGUCAAACAGAAGUGCCCACUGAGUGGCAUGUUUCUGUAACAAAACCUUUUCUUAUUAACUGCACCUGUUACCAUUUGUCCACGUUUGCAGUUCUUAUUGAUGUUAUUGAUUUAGAGUAUAUUCCAGAGCCAACGUUCUUAGAAGAUAUAUUAACUUGGACAGGUUUCUGUUUGGCACUUCCUUUAUUAUUGGCUGCAUUACUCAUUUUGGCAGCACUUCGUGGAGUUGCUACAAACUCCAAUUCCAUCCAUAAGAAUCUUGUAUUGUGCAUUUUCCUUGCAGAACUUGUGUUCUUUGUAGCUUUGAAACUGCGUCGCACCCUUGUUCAGCAAGAGUUUCCCUGCAAAUUGAUUGCAAUGGCUCUUCAUUACUUAUGGCUCACUGCAUUUUGUUGGACAUUGGUUGAUAGUAUUCAUUUGUAUCGUAUGUUGACUGAAAUGCGUGAUAUCAACCAUGGGCAGAUGCGAUUUUAUUACACAAUUGGAUAUGGUCUUCCAGCUGUUGUAGUUGGUUUAGCUGUAGGAGUUCGGGCUGAUCAGUAUGGCAAUUAUUACUUCUGCUGGUUAUCAAUAUAUGAAUCUGUGGUGUGGAGUUUAGUGGGACCUAUAAGCGUCACUGUAUUAUUGAAUCUCUCAGUUCUUGUGUUUUCCAUAAGGGCUGCUUUUACACUCAAAGAUCAUGUAAUGGGCUUUGGAAAUCUGAGGACUUUGCUGUGGCUGUCAGUUGUGUCCUUACCUCUUUUGGGCAUGGCUUGGGUACUGGCUAUGCUCACUGUAAAUGAAAAUGUGCCUUUACUUACAUACUUGCUGAGUGCAUCUGUGUUUGUUCAUGCACUGUUUGCUCUUGUUGGGUAUUGUUUCCUUAACGCUCGUGUACGUCGCAAUCUUUCAAUCACCAUUCUUCGUUGUAUGGGCCGCAAGGUUCCUCUAGAAAACUCUGAAGUGACGAGUAGUCCUGGUGUUAGCACUCAAGUGGCAUCUUGCGUUCUACAGAGAUCAGCAUUGGCGUAUCACAGUGGUGGUUUUGAUGGAGCUAGAAGACAUGUUGGUAUUUCUACAUCAAGUACUACAUCACGUUCUACCACAAAAACCAGUAGUAGUCCUUAUAGGAGUGACACACAACUAAGACACACCUCUACAAGCACUAGCAACUACAACUCAAAUAGUGAUAUGCCAUCAUAUGGGCGUGGGUAUGACUCCAGCUUGCACAGGCACAGAGAAGAAUCAGAAGAAAGCCCUGCUCAUGAGAGGGAGUGCCAUAGAGAAGAAUCAGAUACUGAGUCUGAAGUUUCAGUGGAUGGAAGAAGUUUAGAGCUGGCAUCAAGCCACAGCAGUGAUGAUGAAGAAUCAUCCAGCCGACAUCGCCACAGAGAUGUUGGAGAAACUCCAUCAUAUCUUCCCAAUAUUUGUGAAGAUCCACAUAAUGGUUCUCCUCACAGUGGAAGUGGGGUGCAACCUCCCCCAGCGUUAAAUAUUAUCAACAACAGUCAGCUGUUUCCUAAUCUGAAGCCUGUAUAUGCACCUCGAUGGUCAAGUCAACUCCCAGAAGCCUACCUUCCAUCCGGCAUGAUGGAGUCAGGUUUAAGAGGCAGUCAGUGGUCAGGAACUGCUUCAGACAACGAGAUGUCAUCUCCCAAUCCUUUACCACCUCCCAAUGGAGCCACUUCUGCCUCUGGGCGGAACAAUGGAGCAUCAGGCUUGCACAAGUUAGUUGCCUCCCAGGAAAAUUUCCAUGACAUGGGAGAUCCUGGUUCUGAAACAGAAGAGAAACUUCAUCUCUCUGAUAAAUAUCUCUUUCCAUAUACAGCGGAGGAAGAUCAUUGUGGUGGUGAAAGGUACAUUCUUCCCAUGUCAGGGCGUGUGCUGGCAUCUAGUGAUAUGGCUGCUGUUCGUGCGACACCAUCUCCUCUUAUGGUGGCAGGUGGACGUGCUCUUACACCUCCUUUGACAAAUUCUAAUAUUUCUGAAUCAGAGUAAGAAAGAUAUGAACGAGACACCUGUAUAAUUUAUGAAUGUUAAAUCUACGCUCUAAAUGAAACUUGGAGGUAGGUGUGUAGGGAUAAUCAAGUGAAGAUGGCAUUCCAAACCACUGACUUUCCUUCAAGUGGAUUUUUACAGUGUUUAGUAUUUAUUUUUGUGCAACAAUUUUUGUUAUUGGGAAUGAGAGAGUGAUGUGUGUCUCAGGAAAACUGUCUGUAUUGAUUAGUAGUACAAAUUUUACAUGAUUGCAGAAUUUUAGCAUCAUGCAUGUUAAUAGCAUUCCACUUAGUGAUAGGAAAUGUAAUGUAUAUGAUUUCUAUGUGACCAAGUCUUUUGUGCAAUCGAUAAUGUGAAACAUUUACUUUCACUCUUAGCAUAACAUUCCAUUUGAUCUUUAUUUUAUUGUGAAUUUUAUAAAAAAGUAGACUUAAUUGUGAAUGGCUGUGUACUUCAACAACUUGAUUCAAUUAGCUAUGUAUUUAAGAUGAAAUUAACAGAUUAAUAAGAUAUGAGAACAUUCAGUUCAUAUAUAUUUAUUUAUUUCUGCAAUUUUAAUUAAACGUUUCAUUAUUAAUUCUACUAUGUAUUUUUAGUACUGACAGAAAAAUGUGAUAUUUUAGUUUGAAGAAUAUACUGUCUGUAUUUAAAACAAUAUUUUCUCUAAAGAUUUGUUCAUUUUCUCUCAAUUCUGUUACUGCUUUGAUAGCAUAUAAGACACAUUUUUCUGAGGAGAAAUCAAAUUACUUGAGUUAUCACUGAAUAUCCCAAACAAAUCCCCUUCACUAGGGUUUAGAGCAAUUUUGCUCUGUGUGUGUUGAGUUUGUAGAUCUCUGAUAAUACUAACAUUAGAACUUACUGGGGCUGGUAAUAACAGUUAACAGCUUUAUGAAGGAAGAAACUGAUUACAUAUCACUGUUCGGUCUGAACAUAUGUAUCAUAUGAAUAGUAAGACACCACAAAAUAGUUUUGCACUUAUGACUAAUUUGGAAAUAUAUUCAAAAAACUGAGAUAACUACUUAAGAAAACCACAAGUAGGUGGGUAUGUUAUAUUUAAAUUUUAACUAUAUUGUACAUUGUAAUAUAAGGCUUCAGUGUUUCAAUGUAGAGAAAUUUGUCUAAAGAAAAGACUAGCUCAGUUAUGUGUCUUACAUGCUGUCAAGGAUGUUUCAUAAACAUGAUGGAUUAGUUUCCUUAUAGGUCACUGAACUUGUUUCUGUGUAUUUUGGAUAGAAGUGUGCGUGUGUUUUUUUUUCCCCAACUUUUAAGCAGGAGGCAAUUUAUUGUUCCUGUGGAAGAAAGAUCUAGAAAUUUAUUUAGUCAAUUAGCUAGUAAUGUAUUGCUAUACAUUCAACUUUGAAUUUUUCACUAAAGUUCUGUUUUGGUAAACAUUUUUCAAUAACGUAUAUUUAUACUUGUAGGUAAGAUUUUGUUCAGUUGAUUCAAAUUAACUCUAGAAAGCCUGAUUUUAUCAAAAUUAUUUUUUAAUGUUUGUGGAGGGGAAAGGGAAAAAGACUGAGAUAUACACUUAUGAAAAAUAGCAACAUAAUUGGAAAUAAACAUAUACAUUGAACUUUCAUUAAAUACAAACAUUUCGGGAAUACAUUUUGAGAAAAAAAUGGUGUUCACAAAUCAAACAUAAAUUAAAAUUUGUUUGUCUGAAAAUUUUGUUUAGUUCUUCAAAAUUUCUUUGAAAAAGCAUAAGCCAUGUGUUGCAACCCUGUUUUCGCCAAGGAACUUUUGUUCUUGAAAAUUUUUUCUCAUCAUCUUAUUUUUAUAUUUCUUAUUUUAUCUGGUCUUUAUCAAUACAUGUUUUAUCUGCUGGUGAGGUUUUUCUUGAUUUGUAACCUCAUAGUAAAUUUUAGAAUAACAAAAUAUUUAUUUUAGUAGCCUUUGUUAAGGUUUUAAAAUCAACUAUUACUUUUUACUAUAAUGUCAAUUGUUGAGCCUUUCUUUCUCUGACAAUUUAUUGUAUCCUGCUUCUAAGGUACUACCAAAAAGUUCUUAUUUUAUAUGACUCUUUGUGAUACAUGAAGCCAUUGUAUCUAUAUUUAUAGCCAAUGAAUACUCAUUUAAAUAUUUUACACCUUUAUUAUUUUACAUAUCAUAUUCAUCUUGUAAGCAGUUUCAGGCAACAUAAGAUUCACAGAGUAUAGUAUGAAUGGAUAUUAUGUUGUGUUGUCAAAUGUGAUGUAUUUAUAGGAAUGUGUGUUACCUACGUGUUGAUGUGAGUGAUUUUGAUACUACAGUAUUAUGUAUAUUUGGUUCAUUUUUUGUUGUGGUUCUUGAAAGUGCCAUUAGUAAUAUUUCAUCUCUUCAAACAGUGUGUUUGUUUGUUCGUUUAGCAAAAUGAAAAUAAUUUUAAAGUUCUAUGUUCUGUGUGAUAGUUAAUGCAUAUUAAUUUCAUCAUAUAAAUAUUUGUAUUUAGAGUAAUGUAGUGUAAACAUAAUGGACAUACUAUUGUGGAUGUUUUAUCAGUGGAUAUUGAAAAAUAAUUCUGUCACUCAGACGAACUGCAGUUAUUUAUUUUUGGUGUUAAUUAUGAGAUUAUUGUUCACACUUGAAGAAUUGACUAAGUGAAUAGUAAGAUGUUACAUUCAAACUUUACCUGAAACCUUUAUUCAGUUUGAAAAAUAUUUUUUUACAUUAUGAGUGCCUAAUAAAUAUUUGAAGUGCCAAAUAAGCCAUAAAUUAAACCACUUGACUAACAUUCUUCCAGGAAAAAGAAUGGUGAGGAGAAAUAAUAGAUAACUUUUUUGCAAAACUGAUUCAGUAUUACUAAUUCUUAAAAUUAUCUCUUGCAAGGAAUUGUCAUAUACAAAGAAUGAAGUUGACUAGAAAGGUACAAGAGGACUUCUGUUCAGUUUAUUCCUCAAAACAUCAUAAUUUCUGGAUUGUCAACAAACAUUCGCUGUUUAAGAUGUCAUUAAAAAAUUUUAUAGGUCUUUUGUUUAGUCAUGUGUUUAUGCAUGAACAUCUUUCUGAAUAUAGAAAUAAUGAUUUUUCUUAAAGUAGAUUGUGCAAAUUGCAUAAUUUAAAAAAAAAUAUAGUGCCUUUUAUGCAAUAAAUGUAAUCAUAAAAUUAAAGCAGGAUUCAUCAGUAUUUUCUUUGGGUCUAUAUUAAUAUUUUCAAUAGACUCACAUGAAAACUCUUUUCUAGAAAAUUAUCUUGUGAAACGAAGACUUAGCUGAUU